AUGUUGACAAAAUUACACAAACAAGUGUUUCCUCCCCCAGGUACACCCAUUGUAGCAGCAAUCGACUCUGUGACGUCCAACAUUUCUAAGUUUGUGGACCACCACAUUAAACCGAUGGUUGAGAAUCUCCCGUCUUAUGUCAGACACUAGUCACAUGACCUCAUUGAUAGAGGGCUUAGGAAGGAUACCAGAGGGCACCCUGCUGGCCACUUCUGAUGUGGAGAGCUUGUACACUAACAUCCCACACACUGGAGGCUUGCAGGCACUGCAACAUUUCCUUCAGAAGAGUGACCCUACCCUUGCUCCAUCCAAUGAUUGCAUCUUGCAACUCACUGAACUGGUAUUAUCCAAUAACUACUUCAUCUUUGAGUCAGACUUUUUACUUCAAGUCCGGGGUGUAGCCAUGGGUUCCCCCUUUGCCCCCAGUUAUGCCAACCUGUAUGUGGGACAAUUUGAGGAAGCACUCACUUACAAAACAGAGACACACCACCUACUUUCUAAAAUCCUCCUACGGAAGAGAUACAUAGAUGAUGUCUUUGUGUUCUGGGAAAGAAGUCAACAGGAACUUUGAACGGUAGUGUACAUUAUUGUUUAAAUUAAUUCCUAACUCUGUUAAACGAGAGCUCUGAAUAUCUCAAAUUCACCAUGCAGACUGAUGAGAGACAAAUAAACUAGCUGGAUUGAUGGAUAAUCAAAGAGAAUGAUGCAGUACAUACAGACUUAUACACAAAGCCCACAGACUGCAAUACCCUGCUACAUGCGGAUAGCAUGCAUCCCCUUCCCUUCAAGAAUGGUCUACCAUAUAGCCAGUUACGCAGGGUUAAACGAAUCUGUGGCCACCAGUUAGAUUUUGACAGCAACGCUAAGAAAAUGAUAGAUACAUUCAAAAUGAGAGGCUACAUACAAGGACAAAACUCUUGA